GUACUUGAGGCGCGACUUAUGGUCUCAGACGUUGAAACCUGAUAUGUCUACAGGCAGCAGUACUCGUCGAACUGAAGUGACAAAUGCCAAAGUACGAAUCAAAGCUUUUCCUCCUUCGAUAGAUGAGAGAUAUGCCAAUCAGUUAUGGGAUCAGAUUAAAAGUGCGAUAAUCGAGAUUCAAAAGAAAAACAACAGUUGUUUAAGCUUCGAAGAACUCUACCGCAAUGCGUACACUUUGAUAUUACAAAAACACGGUGAACGUUUGUAUGCGGGGACAGAGGCUGUUGUACGUGAACAUAUGAUCAAGAUCCGCGAUAGUAUUGUUGAAAAUCUAAAUAAUAAGUUUUUAACUUACCUUAACUCAUGUUGGAAAGAUCACCAAACUGCUAUGGGAAUGAUUCGUGAUAUUCUUAUGUACAUGGAUCGUGUCUACGUCGGCCCCCAUAACCUGGAUGGAGUUUAUAAGAUGGGAAUGACUGUUUUCUGCGAUCUCGUCGUACGUUAUCCAAUUAUCAGAGAGCACUUGCAGAAAACUCUGUUGGAUAUGGUACGCAGGGAACGCCGAGGUGAAGUAAUAUCCCGUUCUCAGAUUCGCGAUGCCUGUCAGAUGUUUGUGCAGUUGGGGGCCGGAUCAUUACGUGUUUACCUUGAAGAUUUUGAACAGCCAUUUUUGGAGCAGUCAAGAGAAUUUUACCGCACAGAAAGUGAAAAUUUUCUUUCUGAGAAUACUUCUGCUUCCCUGUAUAUUAAAAAAGUCGAACAAAGAAUCGAGGAGGAAGUUCGAAGAGCACAUCAUCAUCUUGAUCCAUCUACGGAACCCAAAAUCGUCGUCGUAUUAGAAGAGGAGCUUAUAAGUCGACACAUGGAAACUAUUGUCGGUAUGGAAGAUUCAGGAUUAACGUACAUGUUAACUCAUGAUCACUUCAGUGAUAUCGCUGCUAUGUAUGGCGUUUUAAGUAGGGUUGAAGAAGGACCAAAAAUAAUGAGUAACUACAUUAGCCUGUACUUAAGAGAGCAAGGAAGAAAUACUGUACGUGAUACUGGGUCAUCAACACCCCAACAGCACAUUCAAGAUCUGCUUCAAUUACGCGAUCGCGCUAAUGAAUUACUAACGAGAGCACUUAAUAAUCAGACAAUAUUUCGUAAUCAAAUUAAUUCUGAUUUUGAGUACUUUGUCAAUUUAAAUCCUCGUUCUCCCGAAUUUCUGUCAUUAUUUAUUGAUGAAAAACUCAAACGUGGCACCAAAGGCAUGGCAGACCAAGAUGUAGACGCCAUUUUCGAUAAGUGUAUUGUAUUAUUCCGAUAUUUACAGGAAAAGGAUCUAUUUGAAGGCUAUUACAAAAAGCAUCUUGCAAAAAGGCUGUUAUUAAGUAAAAGUCAGUCAGAUGAUCAAGAAAAGAUUAUGAUAUCCAAGCUUAUGGCCGAAUGUGGUGCUGUAUACACAAGUAAACUAGAAGGAAUGUUUAAAGAUAUGGCAGUGUCUAAAACCCUCAUGGAUGAAUUCAAUGUAGUACUAUCUAAUGGUAAUCGCAAUCUUAACCUAGAUCUGUACGUUCGUGUACUAACUACUGGUCUUUGGCCAACUCAAGUAACUAAUUCGAAUGAAGCGUUACCAGAAGAAGCUGAUACAGCGUUUAAAGUUUAUAAAAACUUCUAUUUAAGCAAGCAUAACGGUCGGAAAAUCAAUCUGCAGACAAACAUGGGGUACGCAGAAUUGUCUGCUGUAUUUUAUGGUCGUCCUAAUGCAGAUAUCAAUACACCUCAGAUCUCUUCUGUUACUGAUUCUCAUACUCACAGUUUCCUUAUUCAUGGCUCCAGUUCUGCGUCUUCGAACCAAACAAGUCAAAGUAGUCAACAGACGCCAAUCAGUGGAUUACCAGGAAGCCCAGGAGCUCCAAAGACACUUGAUUUUCCCAACUCAAGUAGUACUUCUAGUCGAUUGAAUGUACGAAAAUAUUUCUUACAGGUCUCCACAUAUCAAAUGAUUAUAUUAAUGAAAUUCAAUCGACGAAAUCGUUAUAGUUUUAUUGAAUUAGCGAGUGAAACAAAUAUUCCUGAACGUGAAUUAAAACGUAGUCUUAUGGCUUUAGCAUUAGGUCGUUGUAGUCAACGAAUUUUAUGCAAAGAACCUAAAACACGUGAUAUAGAGUCAACUGAUAUAUUCUAUGUCAAUGAUUCAUUUGUUUCGAAACAUAUUAAAGUUCGGGUAUGUCUAAACUAUAUAUAUAUAUAAUUUGUAUGGUUUAUUUUUUAAAAACUUAUUACUACUAAUUCAAUCAUUACUAGUGUGUUGAGGUUUCUUACGUUAGAUUUAUUUGUCGUGAUAUUUAUACACAUGUAUUAUGUGAUUAUUCUGAAUUUUACGUUUUCAACCGAAAUGGUUACCAGAAAACAGUACUCCAAUAUUGUCAUUAAAUAAUAUUCUUGCAUUUGUAAUUUAUUAUAAAUGUAUUUGAUUAUUGAUUGAUUGUAAAGAGGAAUAAAAUUUGAAUUUAGGUCUUGUUUUUGACUACCCUCAAUCAUCCGAUAUUAGGUAUCAUAUGCAUAUUAAGAUGACAUUUUACUUCUUGGAUAAUAAAAAUUUUGAGCAUUAGUGUUUCUUUCAGGUGACGACAAUUUCUAAAUUUAUGAUUUGAUGUGAUUAUGAAAGAAUAUCUUCGAAACAUAAAACUACUUAGUCUGAUAAUUUAACUUAAAAUAGUGUUUCUGAGCUGCUUUGUUCACGGUGAAUUUAUUUUUGAACAAGGUAUUAAAUUUUCAGAAACCUACUUUAUUUUGUCUUGCAGAUCAAACUAAUAGAUUCCCCUAGAUUAAUUUUAACAACCCUCAUAUUAAAUAUCACAUAAUGCUCUGUUUCUACUCGUUUACCUUCUCCGCUUCCAGUUGCGGAUCCGCUGUACGUCGUGUUUUCUUCUAUUCUUAGUUUUUUUUUUCUAAUUAGAACACCCUCUUGUCUGUUCAUCGAUUUCAGCAAAGUUUGUGUGCAAACUCCUAACAUACUGAAUUUUCUACAACCUAAAUAACUAAUAUUAAAUUACAUGAACCCGAUAGUGUUUCACCCAUUCUUUUCCUUUCACUAGUUUUAAAAUUAGGCAAUCUAGUCAUAUAACUAUCUUUUUUCGGAUUAGUCUAUUCAGACUUAAUAUUAAUUAACCGUAACUGAUCGCACAUAAUGAUUUCAUAUGUUCCACUUUCUCUACUCCUCAGUCGUCAUGACCAUGAUUGAAACUUCUAACAAAUCUAACUUACCACCUCCAACCCAUCACAGUUAAGGAUAAAGCAACUCGCAGUAAAUAGACUAAUGUAUUUUCUGCAUAACUAGCUACUGACGCGUUUAACUGUGUACUGAUUCAAACUGUUAUUGAUCUUUCCCAUGUUUUUAUCUUUAGGUUCAAAGUAUCACUGUUAAAGAAAGCGAACCAGAACGUCAGGAAACGCGGACAAAAGUAGAUGAAAAUCGACGUUAUGUGAUUGAAGCAACAAUUGUGAGAGUCAUGAAAGCUCGUAAAACUUUAAGUCAUGGACAACUUGUUGUUGAAGUUAUCGAACAAUUAAAAUCGCGCUUUGUACCUACCCCCCUAAUGAUUAAACAACGUAUUGAAUCGCUUAUUGAACGAGAAUUUCUUGCUCGAUUAGAAGAUGAUCGUCGAGUUUAUAAGUACUUGGCCUAAUCUCAUUUUGUAAACCAAAUCUAAAUACAACCUGUAUCUUUCAAGUCCCAUCCUACCAUUCCUUGCGUCUAUUCUCUAUUCUCUCCGCUGUCAAAAAUUUUCAAAUUACUCUUAUGAUGUGUUGCAAGAUGAUAAGCUUUAAAUAAUGAUCAGAACAAAUCUGAUUGCUCAUUAUCAAUUAAUUGAAUAAAUCAAAUCAUUGUUCUCAAUUUACUACUACAAACCUAGUCUUCAUCAACUUACUACAGUUAAGUUAUCUAUGACUUUUUGUUUCCUUUGCAAAUCUCAUGCUUCCAUUUCAGUUUUUUUUUAUUAAACUACUAACCUUACCUACAUAAAUUAUAUAUGAUUCGUUAUUUUGUUUAUGUACAUAUUCUAAUUGCCUCACUCUUUUAAGUUUAUGCAUUCUAAAAUUGAUUCAUUUUAUCCUCAUUCAUAACUUUUGGAAAAUGUGGAAUCAAUGUUAAUUACUCAUUUCUUUGUUUCUUUCUCCAUUCAAAUGUGCAGUUACCCACAGUGCUAACUUAUAUCAUUUGGCUAAAAGCAUCUCCCUUGUUACAGUAAAUAAUACGAUUAUUAAUGCGACGGGCAACUUCACAUAUUUCGGUGAGUAAAUGAACUUACUUCUGAACAAAGAAUGAAGCAAUCGGCUGUGUUAAACAAUAUGUCUAAUUACUUCUUCAAUCUUAUGUAGUUUGUCUUAACUGUACACAUUUUGAGCAGUUUAAAUCUGCCAUGCAAUGAAUGCUUUUAUUUAUGGUGGAGUAUUUCUCCUUUUUGAGUUUUAGUCCUACACAAAGCCCUGUCCACAUUAUUUUUUGUGUAAGCUACAUAUAUGUAUCCACUCAAGUAAGGCGUAUUUUCUCGCCAAGGUUAACUUUUUUCUCAAGGUUUUAUUUUCGUAUGUUUACUUUCUCUAGGUGUUGCUUUAAAUUGUAGCACAUAGUUUUGUGCAGUAUAUGUGUUUUUUUAGUGUAUUCAAGGUUUGACUUUAAAACUACUAUGAAUUCAGUGCUAUCCGUUAGCUUGUUUUCUGUAUCAAUUGAUAUCUUGAAUCAAUCAGUUUAUCACGGUGCACUGUACACUGUCUGCUAUUUAUCAAUGUUCUGAUAGUUGGUC